AUGGACUUGAAACCAGCAUCGAAGUCAAGCCAGAAGAAAAAGAACUUUAACCUCUGCCUCUGGUUUCGUGGCUUUUGCACUUUGCUUUGGUUCUUUGCAGAAACUUCGAAGGCGAAGCAAGCACAAAUACCAAUAGGCGUAGUGGUUGAUCUCAAAUCCUCAAUCGGAAGUAUGGCUGUGCGCUGCAUCCAAAUGGCUCAUGAUGACUUCUAUAAACAGUAUUCUCAUUACCAAACAAGACUUGAACUUCGAAUCAGCGAUUCUAAGAAUGAUGCCGUCACUGCAGCAUCUGCAGCUCUCGAUUUGAUAAAGAAUGAAAACGUGCAUGCAAUUAUCGGACCUUUAUCUUCAGAACAAGCGAGUUUCGUAAUACGACUUGGGCACAAAUUUCAGGUGCCCAUCGUCUCCUUUUCAGCCACAAGUCCAUCUCUUCCUCCGCUCCGGAGCAAAUUCUUCAUAAGGACAGCACAAGAUGAUCGCUCACAGGUGCAGGCUAUAGCUGCCAUUGUUGAAGCUUACGGAUGGCACGAAAUCAUCCCAAUCUACGAAGACACCGAGUUUGGCAAGGGUCUGAUCCCAUACCUCACAGAGACCUUGGAGGAAGUUAACACCCGAGUGCCCUACAGAAUUGCCAUCGAUCCGAAUUCUGAGGAAUAUGAGAUUUUAGAGGAGCUGAAGAAGCUCAAUCAGAGUCGAAAAGGAAUAUGUCUUGUUCACAUGACUAGUCUUGUUGGUCCCAAAUUCUUCUCAGCAGUGAACAAAGCUGGAAUGAUGACAGAAGGGUAUGGGUGGAUAGUCACCGACGGGUUAUCCAAUGUGUUAGCCCCUCUGGGUCCGAAAGUGAUGGAUUCUAUGCAAGGUAUCGUGGGGGUAAGGCCAAGACUGGAAAAGUCUAGAGGGCUUACAAUUUUCAGAGAUAGAUGGAAAGCUUGGUCAAUUAAAUCAGGUAGCGUGUCUUCUCCCUUAACCUUGUUUGGACUUUGGGCUUAUGACACAGUUUGGCGAUAG